CCCCGCGCUGCCCUCAGGCCUUCCCCGCCGCCAUGUUUAAGGGCCGCCGGGCCUGGUUCUCCCGCAGCAUCCAGCCUGGCCCCCGGCAGCUGUGGGUGGCUGGCGGAGGGCUGCUCGCCCGCUGGCAGGACGCUGACUACCUCUUCAGCAGCGAUGCUGCUCACCCUGAUACCCGCAGCAUACAUGAGAGCCUGGAGUACAUGGAUGGCAGAGCUACAGUGUUCCAUUCCUGUUACCUCUUAGCAUGGGCGAACAGCAGCGCUGCCAAGCAGCAGCCCGUGGCUCUGGGGCACUUCGUGCUGCCCCCUGCCUGCCUGCAGGAAGAAAUCAGGAGAAAAAUCGGUAGAUUUCUUUGGGAGCAGAUGGACGAUACCCUCAUGGAACAGCCAGAAGAAAAUCUGUCUGAUGAACCAGAGACAGUGAGCAAGGACUGCAAGCAAGGAGCUCAGGAAGGUGCACAGAACCUGUCUGAAAGCGAAGGAAAAAGGGGCUCAAGAGCAUCCAGCCAGGGGGAAGUUCCAUGCCAUGCACUUCAGGAAUACCCGAUAAAUAACAUGGUGACAGGCUACGCCUCUGCCCGCAACAUGAGGAAAUACAUCGGAGAGCUACGCGACUUCGUUCCCGGCACUGCGGGUUACACCGCCUACUGGGUUCAAAAUGAAAUCAGCCUUUGCUCUGAUGUGAAAACUAAAAAGAAAAUUGUAAGCAACAGGCAGCUGUUCUCGGCAAAACCUUAACGGAGCGCUGCCAAAACACCAUCAGCCAGGUAUGGCAAUUUAGUUCUGUUUACCAGCAUCCUGUGGUUACCCCCAGGUAAGGCUGCCAUCCCUGCCUUCCUGCAGGUCGAUCGUUAUUCCUGCGGGCAGUCUGCGUUCUUUAUGCUUUGUUUUAGUUGCAUAGUGAAGAGAUCGGCGGCACUGAGCUGCAAAUUCUGAGUUAAAUCCCUGCGGUGCUUGAGGGAGUUCUAAACUAUCCCUGUUCGGUUUAUCCUGGUGACAGUUCAGCACACAUUACAUACCUGCCUGCAUUCGUUGUAAACAUUUAUUUCCUAACUACUGAAAGCAAAUUCCACAGCAAACAUAAAUACAGGUGUAUACCCCAAAGAACAAAUCUUCUGCUUUUGUAUUUGUAUGGGGUACUUAACACAGUUAAGUGUUAAGUGUCUCGUGGCUGCCAACGGUCAGAAGAGCCUUUGGCUCGGGGCCUCCAGGGAGCCCUGUAGGUUUGAGUGGGUUUUGAGCACGGGCCCCAAACUUCUCCUUAGCAAAACCCAUGUAAAGCACAGGCUUGAGCACAAGCACAGACAGUGAUCAUGCAAAAACUGGGAAGGAAAUGGACUUCCUUGGGAAAACCCUUGCUCUGCUGGAAAAGCCCAGGAGAAUUGGGGGGACUGGUAGGACCUCUGCAUAGCAGGAUGGGAGUUCUGGGGUGAAUGCGGCUCUCCCUGGGGGCUGUUGUAGGAGAUGGGGGGUCCUCCUGGGGGCUUCAGGGCCUGUCUCCGUAUGGGCUUCCAUCCCCAGACAGCACUUUGCUCAGCUCAGUUCAUUCCCCUUGUAGAAAUAAACACAAAGAGACUUUCCUCUUCCAUCUAAGCACUGAAAAUGAGAAAUGUGGUCAGAAAAGCAGCUUUCAUUCUGGCACAGCACGACCCUGUGAGCUUCCCACUCAAAGCUGGGAGGCACCAAGGGUGAGGGCACUCCACGCUUGUCCUCUCCCAACUGCACACCACCACCCUAGCAUCAGUGAGGAUGCUGCCAAGCAACAGCUCUGCACCUCACACCCCAAACUAAAGGAAGGUGUCAAAUCCUCCUCACGCUGUGACACCUCUGAUGCGGCACCCAGAGUGAUGCGGGCCUCCGCUCCUCCCCGC